AUGCUCAAUUCAGCCGCUUUCAUAGUGCUGUUGAUGUUCAUGGGCAUCGCGGCUUCCGCCAGCUCACCUUUCAACGCCUCAAUUCGGUUCCGGAUGGAUGCGCUGUCUCCAAUGAUCAACCUCACCCACGGUUCGCAGUUGAUCGUCACAACUUGGCGGUACAGUGGGGAGCUAGGGAUGAUCUGGUCUGCGCCUAAAGUGAAGGACAGCGAUGACUAUUACUACAAACCUGAUACCGGUUUCGAUUACGAACGGGUAUUCUCUAAGCUGAACUUCGACUUCGUCGGAACGGGACUCGAAAUCGAGGGACAAAUCGGAGAGGGCUCUCAACGCACAGUUGACGUAUACCUGUGGAUUGAAGGGGACGAGUGGGCAUCCGAUCAAGGCAGCAAGUUGAACAAGAAGUUUGAGCUCACGCCCGGGGGUUUCAAUACCCCGUACUACACCUUGAUGAGGGAGACGUUGUCCGACCGCCCUUGGCCAUACCAUGGAAGACUUUCGGUGCCCUUCGAACUCGAUUUCCGUUUCGUCUGCCUGUGGUUUUACAUCCCGGUUCGAACCCAAGCACCUUUGGAUAUUCUCGCUUGGCAGUCGCAAUCACCGCUAGUCCCUUUGGUCGACCCCGAUGGAUCAGUUUCAGACGCCGUCGUGCUCGGUGUAUUCUCAGCAAGGUCCGAACAGGUGUUUCGCGCCUCCAAUCGCAACACCAAGGCGGUAAAGGCCGGCAGUUCAGUGGCGAAGGACGUCCAUGGCGACACGGUCUUUUUGAGAGAGCAAACUGAGCUGGUGUACGACAUUCCUGAACACACCACUCUUGUGGAGGUUCUCGGUCCAGUGGGCAGGGAAAACGACAUGGACGAUGGUAUCGACGGAGACCCCGGACUUUUCGAAUGCUACGCAUAUCUGGACCCACCGCCAUUCUGGUGGACGCCUCAGAGACUGCCUACAUCCCUCUCACUCAAGCCUCAGAAUGACAUACGGCGCACUCUGUUCCUACUUCCUAUCGACCCGGCUGUGCGGCAUAAACUGCACAUUGGCCCCACAACCGACCGGAUGAGGUGUCCAGUUAGCCAUAUCCGAUCUGAUUAUGACUUCAAGCCUGCCUCGAAGCGUUUUUCUCAGCCUGUAUUCAUCGGUUCUGCAAUCGGCACAGGGCUUGGCGGUAUUCUUCUCGGUCUGCUUACAGCUUUCCUCUUCAACCGCUGCCGCCGGAGACUCACUCGUCGCCCCCAAUCCCCGUUUGAGGUAGACCCGAACGCGCAACAUGAGCCGAUCGAGCCGUUCGUUUCGCAGCUUUCUCGAGAUCGCGAGCCCGUUCAUGUGGGUCACGCCGAGGAAACCCCUUUGAACGCUGAUCGUCCGCUCUCCAACUCCGUCAACCAAUCCCGGCUCACCCCACAAGAUACUACUGAAACCUACUCUGGCAGUAAUACGGCUCAUGAGUCUCUUCAUGCAGGCAGCUCCAGCUCUGCGGCACCCUCUUCAGGUCUACCCAGUCAAUCAGCCGGUCGGUACGCCCUCAUCAAACAUCAUGAAGAAGAUCUGCCUCCCAUGUACAGGUCUGAGUGGGGCGACCAGGAUUCUUGA